AUGUUGGCCCGGGCUUUUCUUCGCAAUGGCUUCGGCCUCAUGGUUCCACUGGCCAUAGCCUGCUCCGUCUAUCUGUACUUGUACCCCUUCUUCAGCCAAUGUGCCUUUCCUCUGCCGUCCAGAGAUCCGGAAGAAGCUUUCCAAGUCACCAAGCAUCUGCACUGGCCUUAUGCGAAAGUAGACGCUCGGAAAAACUUCCCGCCCAUAAAGCAGGCACCCUUCCGACUUCUUGCUCUUGGCGAUCCCCAGCUCGAAGGCGACACGUCGAUUCCUAUAGCCUACUUGGGCGUGUUUCCGCACAUCAAAACUAUCUUCCAGCGGCUGACCUUUCAGAUAUGGCACGAUUCCUUGAGGGAUCGUCUCCGCUUGGUCCUGCACGACAUUGUUGACAUCUUCUUCGAGGACAUUCCCUUUAUUAUUGAAUCGUGGCGAAAACGGUUCGACCUCUUUGGCAAUGACUUUUACUUGGCGCACGUAUAUCGAACAAUCCACUGGUGGACGCGUCCGACACAUGUUUCCGUCCUGGGCGACCUCCUCGGCAGUCAGUGGAUCGAGGACGAUGAGUUUGACCGCAGAGGGCAGAGGUUUUGGAGCAGAACGUUCCGCGGCGGCGAGCGCGUGCCCGAUGACGUCGCCAUGUGGCCCAGCUCCGAAUACAACCUCACGGGCUUUCUCGACGGUUCGGCAGAGGAACAGGUUUGGUCGCGGAGAAUCAUGAAUGUGGCGGGAAAUCACGACAUUGGUUAUGCCGGUGAUCUCACCCAGGAACGAAUGGAACGCUUCGAAAGAGUUUUUGGCAAAGCCAACUACGAGCUCCGCUUCGAGCUUCCCGUCACAGAUGCUGAAAUCAAUGCCAAGAUCCAACAUGACGAGACGAAUCCCGAGUCUGUGCGACUACCGCCCGAACUGCGCAUCGUCGUACUAAACGACAUGAACCUCGACACGCCAGCCAAAGACCAGGGUCUCCAAGACACAACGUACAACUUCAUAAAUGCAGUCAUUGGAACUGCAUGCGCUGUCGAGUACAAGGGUCAAUUCACACUCAUCUUGACCCAUAUUCCUCUGUACAAACCAGCAGGCGUCUGUGUUGAUGCGCCAUUCUUUGACUUUCACGGACCUCAAGACGGAGGCGGUGUCAAGGAACAGUACCUACUCAGCUCCGACGCCAGCAAGGGUCUUCUCGAGGGCAUAUUCGGCGUCAGUCGAGACCCAGAGGCCUCGGGUAAAGGACUUGGUCGCCCGGGUCUUGUUCUGGAUGGCCAUGAUCACGAAGGCUGCGAUACUUACCACUUUGUGAACCAAACGAAUGGUACCAGCCCCCAAGAUCGCUCCUGGGAGACACGCCGAUGGCGAGAUGUCCAGUUGUCAAACAUUCCCUCCAUGGGCAAACAUCCAGGUCGUAGGGAAAUCACUGUGCGCAGCAUGAUGGGCGAUUUUGGCGGCAACGCAGGCCUGCUCAGCAUGUGGUUCAACCAUGAAACGUGGGAAUGGGAGCAUGAGUAUGUCGAUUGCCCGCUUGGACGACAGCAUUUUUGGUGGAUGACGCAUUUUCUCAUCCUUGGCGUGAUUCUGCUGGGCUCCCUGUACCUCACGGUGGUGAGUUUGGAAGCUCAUGGCGUCGAUGUCGACGGCGCACUCUGGGAGGGAGCUCGAUGGUUACAACACCAGGUGGAGGAGAUUCAAAAGGCGCGAGCGGCUCGAGCUGCGCAGGGGUCGACACAAGCUGUGCCAAAUGGAAAACCCAAGGAAAGGUCAUGA